GCCGCCCCGUGCGGGAGUCAGAGCGCGUGCGGUCCGCGGAUUUGUGUGUUUGUGUCGCUGUUUAACGCAUUUUACUGUUUAUUAUUCGAAUCCCGAGCGCGCGCGCGUGUGUGUCGGAUUCUAACCCUGAGGUGGUCGUGCGCUCGAGCCCGCCGUGUGAGGAGCCGCCGGUCCGGGACUCUCUGGGCUUCUCUGGACCAGUACAAAGGGAGGCUCGUGUGGACCGGAGCCCGGACUCUGGAUACCAGGCGACCAUCUACUGCAUCACACACACACACACACACACACCGCGGGGUUACAUUGUAUCCGCGCACGUUUGAUCUUUCCGCGAGCGCUCCGGCGUUUCAUCCCCGCGCGGUUUAUUUCCUUUUUCUUUCUGCCUCUGUGUGUGUGUGUGUGUGUGUGUGUGUGUGUGUGUGUGUUCUCCUCCGGCUGGAUCUCUCUCUACCCAGGCCUUUAACAGCUCGCAUUAGUCAGUCUGAACACACACACACACACACACACACUCACGGGUUUGGUGAGAAAAACUUCAUAAACUCGACUUUGCGUGUGUGUGCGCGCGCGUCCUAGAGAGAGAGAGUGUGUGUGUGAGUGUGUGUGUUGGGGUUUAUUUCGUUGGUUAUACACACACACACACACACCAGUCUGUGUGAAGCCCUGAGUGUGCGGAGCUCCAUGGGGUCUCGGUGUGUGAGGCCCAGCUGACAGGACACACACCCGGGACACACACACACACACACUCCUUUUUCCGGAACGCUUUGUGUCCUUGUUGUCCCCCUCUCCGCGCCUGGACAUGUCCCCCUCUCCCUCCAUCAUGCGGCUCGUGCACAGGAGUGUGACCGCGCUGUGGAUCCUACUGCUCACCGCGCGAGCUGACGAAGAGGUUUUAAUGAACACCAAGACGGAGACGUCAGACCUGAAGUGGACCACGUACCCCCGGCCGCCUGCUUUAGAGGAGGCGAGCGGUCUGUGGGAGGAAGUAAGCGGUCUGGACGAGGAGAACAACAGCGUGCGGACGUAUCAGAUCUGUCAGAGCGACGGCGCGGCGAGUCACUGGCUACGCAGUAAGCUAAUCGCGCGGCGCGGCGCCUCUCAGGUCUACGUGGAGCUGCGCUUCACCAUGAUCGAGUGCUCGUCCCGCAGCACGCACCACCGCUCCUGCAAGGAGACCUUCAACCUCUACUACUAUCAGAGCGACACGGACGACGCCACGCCCACACACCCCGCCUGGAUGGAGAAUCCCUACGUCAAGGUGGACACGGUGGCGGCGGACUACCUGCUCCGUAAAGGAGGGGAGAAGAAGUUCAACGUGAAGACGCUGCGCCUCGGCCCCCUGACCAAGCGGGGCUUUUAUUUAGCGUUCCAGGCUCAGGGAGCGUGCAUGGCCCUGCUCUCGGUGCGCGUCUUCUUUAAGAAGUGUCCCUCGCUCACGCGCUCGCUCUCCGUCUUCCCCGAGACGAUCCCGCGCUCUCUGGUGCAGGAGGCCAUGGGCGAGUGCGUGAGGAACGCCGCUCUGCUCGGACCCAAAGCCAGACCGCCGAAGAUGUUCUGCGCCGAGGACGGGCAGUGGGUGGAUCAGCCCAGCAGCAGCUGCACCUGCUCGCCGGGGUACGAGGCCGGCCCGGGGGAGCUCGAGUGCAGGGCGUGUCCCGCGGGUCACUUUAAGCUGAGUCCCGGUGCCGGUCCGUGUUCUCCGUGUCCAGAGUCCAGUCACACCGGGGAGAUGGGAGCUGACUCGUGUGUGUGUCGCCCCGAAUACCACCGCGCUCCCACAGACACACUCGACAUGCCCUGUACACGCCCCCCCUCGCCCCCCCACACCCUGUUCCCUCUGAUUAACGAAACCUCGGUGACGGUGGAGUGGAGCGAGCCGGUGGACAGCGGCGGGCGCUCGGACCUCUCCUACAGCGUGGCGUGUCAGGUGUGUGUGACGUCGGCGUGCGCGCCCUGCGGAGACGGCGUGAGCUACCGACCCGCCCAGCGAGGCCUGACCGCACGCAGCGUCACCGUCUGGGGGCUCCGCCCACACACCAAUCACAUCAUCACCAUCACUGCAAUCAACGGGGUUUCCCAUCUCAGCGGCCAGGGGCCGGCCUCUGCCAGCAUCAACAUCACCACCGGGCAGCACGUUCCAGUGCUUGUCUCAGGGAUCAAGAGGAGCACAGCAACUGAAUCCAGUCUAACACUAUACUGGCCAAUCCCGACACACACUCACUACAACAUCCUACAGUAUCAACUCCGCUACUGCGAGAAGCAGGAGCGCGGUGCAGAGGAACACUCGUGCCGCUAUAAGGAGAGCCCCAAUAACCACGUGGUGCUGAGUGACCUGCGCAGGGCGACGCAGUACGAGGUUCAGGUCCGAGCGCGCACGCCGUCGGGGUACAGCGUCUUCAGCCAGGCCAAGUCCUUCAGAACCCUCCCGGACGGUGAGACUCCGCCCCCUGGCACGUCACUCAUUGGUGCACUGACUGCAAUCCUAUAA